AUGGAUGACCCCCUUUUGACAUUUUUAAUUUCCCAACCGCCUUCAAUUUUCAAGACAGAGAUGGCUGCAACAUUGGGGUUUCCAUUUACAGCUGCUCAGUGGAUGGAACUCGAAAGACAGGCAAUGAUCUACAAGUACAUGGUCGCCUCUGUUCCUAUUCCUUACGAACUUCUUCUACCCAUCAUCCAAAAUCUCCCUUCAUUGGCAAGCCAGUUGAAGUAUUCAACGAAACAAGAUCUGGAGCCCGGGAGAUGUAAAAGAACGGACGGCAAAAAAUGGAGGUGUUCAAGAGAUGUGGCGCCUAAUCAGAAAUACUGUGAGCGUCAUAUGCACAGAGGACGUCCACGUUCAAGAAAGCAUGUGGAACUUUUUAAAAACCCAACAACAAACAACAGCAAGAUUCGUCUUCCAAACCCAACUUCUCAGUCAUCAACUCACUCCAAUCCUUGUAGAGUUCUCGGAUCUACAAUUUUGCCUUCUGCCACUGAAGCCCCUUUGUUUCUUGAUAGUAAUAUGCAUUCCAAAACUGUUAAUAACAGGGGUUCGGAUUGGAGCUUGGAAGUUGGAUAUGAGCAACAAUGGCGACAGAUUAUGCAGACAAGUUGCUCUAUCUUCAAUAGUGAUUUUGGGGAUUUUACAGAUUUCGGGACCCCAAGAAGAGAUUUUAUCACCGACAAAACCAGUGUUGUUAAAGAUUCGUCUGCUCUGGAUCUGUCAAUGGCUAUGGGUUUGGGUUUGGGGAAGCAUGAAAGGGAUUUGGGGUUGGUAAGCCCUGUUUCUUGUGGCACAGCACCAGGCGGCCCACUGGCGGAGGUCUUAAUACCAGGACCAAGUUCGGUUGCGGUUGCGGUUGUGGUGGGUUCGAGCCCUACCUCUCCAUACCCCACCGGAUCCGACUCGAUUAGCGUUAGCCCAGCAGCAACAACAGUGUCGUCACCAUGUGGGGUUUUACAGAGUCAGAGGACAAUGCCAUCACUCUCCGAUGGCAGUGUUUGCAAUAGUCCAACUCUUGCAUCUACACCUACAGACACUGUUGCAUUUCAGUGGUUCACUUGAGAAAUCCAGUAUUUUGUUAAGUUUAUGUUCAUUGUUUCUGAAUUCUAGGUGCGUUUUGCAGAAAUAUGUCGGUAAUAAUAAUAAUAAUAAUAAUAAUAAUAAUAAUAAUAAUGAAUAAUGAAUUGAUGAACCAAUGUAGUAGGGUUAGGGUUGAUCUUUAAUUGUUAGCUGGUUGAAUGCUUGCUGCUGUGGCCCCCAAAGUUGAAAUCUUGAAAUUCACUCACACUCAGGAUUUGGAGUGUGAUGAUGCCAUGAUGGGCAGGAUUUUGGUCCCAUCUUGCAAUUGAUGUGGCCCUCUUUCUCUUUCUCUUUUCUGUCGGGAAAAGAUCUGUUUGGUUUGGGUUUAGAGAUCUCACACGCAACACCCACUUGCUUAGUUGCUUUGCUUGCUCCCUCAGAUGAGAUUUUGAUUACUUAAUUGUUAUUCCUGGAACAAAUAAAUGAAAUCCUUCCU